UUUAUUUAGGUUAUCAUAGGUACUUACCUAGUGUCAGAAAACAAUUCGUGUUGUUUUAUUUGUAGAAUGUCUGAAGUUGUGUUUUUCAAACUUCAUUGCAAAAGUUAUUAAUAUUUAAAUAAUAAUGUCUGACGGAUCAAGCGGCCAGUUCAGUGACUAUGAAGAAAACAUAAUUAAAAAAGUUAAAUCGGUACGGUUUGCAGAGUUGCCUACUUAUAAGAAGGACAGUAGCAAUGAUGACGUAGAUUCGGAUGACUACUUCUAUGAUUCUGAUGAUCCAACACAAAGUACAAAGAAGAAAGAGGGUAUAAACUGUCAAACACCUUCUAAUAAAAUCAACACAUAUCAACCAACAGAGAAGCUGUUUAAGAAAUACAUUAAUAAAAUCAAUGUUGAUAAAUAUGAACCUUUAAUGCCCAAUAAUACACAAAAAUUCCUUGAUCAAAAUUACACUAAAGUUGAUAAUGGCCGAAUCAAAGUUAAAGACAAGCAUGAUAGGGCUACAGCGGAACAAGUUAUGGACCCUCGUACAAAAAUGAUUAUCUUCAAACUCCUAAAUCGAGGUAUAAUAAAUGAAAUAAAUGGAUGCAUAUCAACAGGCAAAGAAGCAAAUGUCUACCAUGCCACCUCAAAAGAGGGUCGUGACUAUGCAGUUAAAAUCUUUAAAACAUCUAUUUUAGUAUUCAAAGAUAGAGAUAAAUAUGUUUCUGGAGAAUACCGUUUCAGGAAUGGUUACUGUAGAUCCAACCCUCGUAAAAUGGUUAGGAUUUGGGCAGAGAAAGAAAUGAGAAAUUUAGUUAGAAUGUACAAUGCUAACUUGAAUGUACCAGAGCCAAUAAUUCUACGUAGUCAUGUUUUGGUUAUGUCUUUCAUGGGAGAAAAGGGCUGGCCUUCACCAAAACUGAAAGAUGUUGAAAUAUCACAAUCCAUAGCUCGGUCAUUAUACCGAGACUGCAUUAUGAUGAUGUGGAAAAUGUUCAAUGUAUGUAAAUUAGUUCACGCUGAUUUAUCAGAGUUUAACCUUCUGUAUCACAAAGGAAAUAUUGUUGUUAUUGAUGUCUCACAGUCUGUAGAACAUGACCAUCCACAUGCAUUUGAGUUUUUAAGAAAAGACUGCACCAAUAUAUCAGAUUUCUUUAGAAAAAGAGGUGUAGCUACAUUAACUGUAAAAGAGCUCUUUGAUUUUAUAACGGAUUCUACUAUUAAUGAAACAAACCUAGAAGACUGUCUUGAAAAGUUAUCAGAGAAAGCAGCGUCUAGAAAUUUUGAAGAAAUGUCUGCACAGGAGCAGAUUGAAGAGGAAGCUUUUAAAAAUGUUUAUAUUCCAAAACGACUGACAGAGGUCAUAAAUUAUGAAAGAGAUAUCAACAAAGCAAAAGUUGGUGAAACUAAUGAUUUAAUGUAUAAAAAAAUAGCAGGCUUCAAUGAAGAUCUAACUGUAACUGUUGACACUCCAGAGAUAUUACAAGAUAUCAGCAUCUCAGAAAGUGGUUCAGAUACUAGCUCCGAUGACAAUAGUAAUGAUGAGGAAGCUCAACAAAAUAAAACAAAAUUCAAAAAUCAUGCAAGACCCAGAGACGAGUCUCCAAAUAGCAAAAAAGCAAGAAAAAAGGCUGUAAAAGAGGAGAAAGCAGAAAAAAGAAAAACUAAAACCAAAAAACACAUCAAGAAAAGACGGGACAAAGGAUUUGGUAAAAAAUAAAUAUUAUUCUUCCUUUAAGUCUGUGAAGAAAUAGACAUAUAUGUAUAUAUACAUAAUUAUGUAAAUAUUUAUAUAAAUAAAACUAUUUACAGUUCUUCAAA